AUGUCCAAGGAAUCACUGUCAUUGCUUAUGAGAGAACCCGGGUUCUUUGAAAGAUACUACAUCUGUAGAUCUACAGGUGAUCAUUACAAUAAGGGCUUUAACAUGUCGGUGUGUUUGAACAAAAGAGUCGAUGAUGUCUUACUUUCCAAUGCGUUGAGAUCGAUGUUAUUGAAGUACCCAACUCUUUGUAUGAAUCUCUUCCGCUUAAAACCUUCCUCAGGUCCAAAAAAUUUACUCCAUGAUGACCGUAAGGCCAACGGAACCAAUUAUGAGGCUCGCUUGGUAUCCAAGAUUCAAUUCACAGAUGUGGUGUGUCAUCAGCAAUUGGAAAGAAUAGACGACGACUACUUCAAGACGUUAUCCGAUAGGAAGAUUCUUAUAGACACCGACAAACCAACAUGGUACAUUUUAGUCAACGAGGUGGCCGAGUCAAGCAACCAGUACUUGACGUUUGCAACUAAUCAUAUGUUCCUAGACGGGAACUCUGGAGUUAAUUUCCUAGAUGACUUGGUUAGAGAGUUAGCGACUGCUAAGUCACAGAGCAACCUCAAAUUUGUCAAUGUCCUAUUUGAUAGCGAAGUAGAAGGUCCGAAAAUAUUACCAGAAUCUUCCGACAAAGUGACUGAUCUCUUUAGCUUUUCGACUUGGUUUGCCAUCAAAACAAUAGUCAAAGAGCUUUUCCUUCCAACCGUGAUAAAGAAGCUUUUUAGCAGUUUUUUCACAAGAGGCGAUCCUAACUUGUUUAAGAACCCAAUAUUUAACCAUCAUCCGGUAAGUCUCAGUAACGAGAGUAACUUCCACUUGUUGACACUCAGCCCUGAGGAAACUCUGGCCUCUUUGAAGUUUUGCAAGCUGGAAGGAGUCACAUUGACACCAUUCAUUGCAGGUUGUGCUUUCAAAGCAUUAGACGAAACUUUAGUACCCGUUUUGAACAUUAAGCCUAGUUACGAAUUUGCCAUCCCUAUUUGCGGUCGUCGCUACUACCCAGAAAUCAAGGAAAAAACCAGAUAUGGGCUCUAUAUGUCACAAUCAAAGAUUUUAGUUUCAAGAAAUAAUUCAGUUCUUCUGGCUACAAAAUUUAUUUCUCAUGAGUUGGUCGCUGCAUUGAAAAGUAGAGAAUCGUUCAGUUUAGCCGGGUUGCUCCGACUCAUCAAUAUCUGGGAUCAUAUACAGAAUCUGUAUGAUAAAAAGGAGGUUAGAUCUUCGGCUGAGCUAUCCAAUGUUGGGCUUAUUAAAAUCAACCAUGGUGAAUGGAGGGUCGAAGACUGUAUCUUCAGCCAAGGUGUUUCAUCGACGCAUUUCAGCAUUUCGACUUGUAGUACUCCAUAUGGGGGACUAAAUAUUAUGAUAGCAAAUCAUUAUUCACUUGAUGAGAUCAGGCAUGGUUUGGCCAUGAAAAGGUUCAUGGUAGCCUUCAAAGAAAAGUUGGUGGCUCGAAAAUAA